CCACGCCAACCAACUUUCCAAGGACACCCGCACGCUUUCAGGGUCUGCUGCCACGCCGCGAUGGUAUUCAAGACCGGCAUGUCGCUCGCUGUCGGGGCCGUCGCUCUAGUCGUGUAUCUUGUGGUGGCUAGUAUAGCCUCGUGGCUGCGCCUCCGUCAUAUUCCCGGACCGCGGGUUGCUGGAUGGAGUAAAAUCUGGCUGGUCAAACGCCAAGUCACAGGGAAACUGGUCCUCGACCUUGGGAAUGUCUGCAAUCAAUACGGGCCCCUUGUAAGGAUCGGUCCUGACUGGGUCGUGACAAACGACCCUGUGGAGAUUCGACGCAUCUGGAACGUGCACUCUGGAUACUACCGCUCUCCCUGGUACCAUGGCUUGCGAUUUGAUCCCACCAAGGACAGCAUCAUCACCUCGGGAAACAACAAGGAACAUGGUCGUCUGCGAGCCAAUGUGUUGCCGGGAUAUCAGGGCAAGGGAAUCGAAAACCAAGAGCAGCUUGUUGAUGAGCAAAUUGCGAAGUUUAUCAAGCUCAUCGAGCAAAAGUACUUGUCGACAAGAGACCAACUGCGUCCCCUGGAUAUGUCCAAGUCGAUGCAGUUCCUGACCCAGGAUAUCAUCUCCUCCAUCGAGUUUGGCAAGCCCUUUGGCUACCUGGACGCAGACGAGGAUAUCUGGGGCGUCAUCGCGAUAUUCGAGGCUCUUCUAGGGGCAGUGAUGAUUGGCGCUCUAUUUCCCGUCCUACUUCACAUCACCUCGUCUCCCCUGAUGAAACCCUUCAUGCCCAAGCCAACUGAUAAGCACGGUGUCGGUCGUCUAUUGGGCGUCAUUAAGAGCCACGUCGAUCAACGCUACGGACCUGACAAGAAGCGAAGCAACGAUGUUCUACAGUCAUUUGUAGACUCUGGCUUGGACCGUCAUGAGGUGGAGUCGGAGGCUUUGAUCCACAUGGUUGGUGGGACAGACACAUCGGCAUUGGCACUGCGGAACAUUGUCUUCUUCGUGUCCAGCAACUCAGUCGUCUACAGGAAACUCCAGGCGGAGAUUGAUGCCGCCGCCAAGAGCCUGUCAUCCGACAUAAUAGUGUCGGACCGACAGGCCAAUAGUCUGCCCUAUCUUCAGGCCGUGAUCAAGGAGGGACUUCGAAUGUGGCCACCAGUUAUGGGGUUGAUGGCUCGCAUGUCCGACCAAGACGACGUGGUGUGCGGCUUCAAGGUUCCCGCAAAGACCCAUGUUGCAUGGGCAGGCUGGGCAUUGAUGAAGGACAAGUCUGUUUUCGGCCAGGACGCAGAUGUGUUUGAGCCGCAGCGCUGGCUCGAUGCUGAUCCAGCCCAGCUCAAGACCAUGGAAGCAGUGCAGGGUCUUGUCUUUGCCUCUGGGAGUCGUUGGGAGUGUCUUGGGAAACGACUUGCUUAUGUUGAACUCAACAAGACUAUUUUCGAGCUAUUUCGUCGAUUCGACUUCGCCAUGCUAGAUCCUGUACAACCCUUCACAUGGGUUAGCUUUGGGACGACUGUUCAUCAAGGCAUGAAAGUGAAGAUCACGGUACGAGAGCAAGCGAGUUAAAGGGCUUACGGGGUUAGAAUUCUACUCUGGUGGUUAUAGGGUCACGCAUGGCCCCUAUUUGAGCCAGUUCCAGGUAAUUGCAAAAAAGAUAUGGAUUACUCGUUCAAUGUCAUGACAGAGACACCCUGGCGUGCCUGAAUCCCAAAAAUCGAGAGAG